AUGUCUGCACCAGCCCAACCUCAAGCUGAAGUACCAACUUUCAAAUUAGUUCUAGUCGGUGAUGGUGGUACCGGUAAGACCACCUUCGUCAAGAGACAUUUAACCGGUGAAUUCGAAAAGAAAUAUAUCGCCACCAUCGGUGUCGAAGUCCAUCCAUUAUCUUUCUACACAAACUACGGUGAAAUCAAAUUCGAUUGUUGGGAUACAGCAGGUCAAGAAAAAUUUGGUGGUUUAAGAGAUGGUUACUAUAUCAAUGCUCAAUGUGGGAUCAUCAUGUUCGAUGUCACUUCAAGAAUUACUUAUAAGAAUGUUCCAAAUUGGCACAGAGAUUUAGUUCGUGUUUGUGAAAAUAUCCCAAUCGUCUUAUGUGGUAAUAAAGUCGAUGUUAAGGAAAGAAAAGUUAAAGCUAAAACAAUCACAUUCCAUAGAAAGAAGAAUUUACAAUAUUACGAUAUCUCUGCUAAGUCUAAUUAUAAUUUUGAAAAACCUUUCUUAUGGUUGGCUAGAAAGUUGGCUGGUAAUCCUCAAUUAGAAUUCGUUGCUUCUCCAGCUUUGGCUCCUCCAGAAGUUCAAGUCGAUGAACAAUUGAUGCAACAAUAUCAACAAGAAAUGGAUCAAGCUCAAGCUUUACCUUUGCCUGAUGAAGAUGAUGCUGAUUUAUAA